UACAACAUGUUGCCAACCAUUUAGUUCGGUGACGUCAUUACAUAGAUUUCACCAACAAGACAAGAUGGCGGCGCUUGUUACGAUUUUGGAUGCGGAAGUAAAAGCAAAGUGAAUGUUUGCGAGUUUUAGUAAAGUUGGUUCCCUGUCAGCCUGGUGACUGCAAUUCGGAGGUGUGCUACCAUCUGUUAUCUGUUCCAAACAUUGACAUCAUGCCAUCUGCGAGCAAGAAGAACUUGUACCUGUCCUCCUCCGUGGGGGGUCUCAACAAGCUGGCAGAAGUCAAGUUAGAACGAGGAAUCAGCUUGAAAAGUUACUGUAACUCUGCCACCAAGCUUUACAAGGCUGCCCUGGAGCACAGUCUGCUGGGGGACGAGGAGAAGGCUUACGUUCUCUACAUGAAGUACUUCAACAUAUACGGGCACAUCAGGAAGUCAAAGGACUUCAAAAAGGAUGAGUCCUAUUAUGCCAAACUGAUGGGUUCCGCCAAUGCUAAGAAGGCUAUAGAAGAAGCUGAGAAACUUUCAAAGAGCCUAAAUGACAGGUAUGACCUGAAAGCAGAUGCAGAGAAGGCUAAGAAAGUUGCAGAGGAGUUAGAAGUGCUGAGAGACAGUUCUGGCAAGGACGACAAAGUCACCCUCUCUCCCAGCGAUGAUGUCGGCAGCUUCUUCCCCUACGUACCUGUGGACAAGUUGUCGUCAUCAGGGGUGUACAAUCUACUGAAGGUAGGAGAGAAAAAGACACCGCUGUCCCCUGAGAAGCCAAAUGAGCCAGAUGAAAUCACCAAAGCUCUAGAGAAGAGUGUUUCAGUAAUAAGGGAGACCAAACCCGGGUUCAUAUCAGCAGAACAGCUGUACAACAUGUUCCAGGACAGGGACACGUCUUUCCUGAUCAUGGAUGUGCGGCCCCAGGACCAGUACAGCUCCUCUCACAUCAAGCAUGGGGCCAGCAUCAACAUUCCAGCUGAAGUCAUCAAGCCUGGGACCACAGUAAGUGUGAUAGAGAGGGGCCUACCUGAGGACACCAGGACACAGUGGGACAGGCGUGGCCAGGUGGACCACAUCAUCCUGGUAGACUGGGAGGGGGGUGCUGAGGACCUGGCUGUGGGUUCAACUCUGCAGAGCCUGAAGGAUGCUAUGUUCAAGUGGGACUCAGUGACCAUAAUAAAAAGCGAGCCGUUGGUACUGGAGGGAGGGUUUGACAACUGGCUCUUCACCUACCCAAUGUACACCACUAACCCCAGCGUUCCACGGCCGCCUGCGUAUACUCAACAAGAACAACAUGGUAUCAUUUCAUUUGACUUUGAUUACCCAACACUUGAUGAUGAGAAAGAAGAAGAACCAGAGGUGCAGGACCAGAAGAAAGAUGAGAGGGCCUCUCCGGUUGGUGUUAUUGAGCCACCUCCUGCCUUAACAGCCAAUCAGAAUGGUUCAGCAGUAGGGCUGGUCAGUGUGCCCGCAUCCCAGGUCGAUGUUGUCCAGCAGCCGAAGGACGUCCCAAAGCCAUCUCCACCAGUGGUCAACAGAGCGACCAAACCCCUUGUUAAAGUCCCUCCCUCUUCACCUAAGCACCAGAAACCCACCCCCACAGUGAAUGGUACAGCCGGCCAAGGUGCUACUGAUGACUCACUUGUCGAGGGCAGUAAACCAUCACAGCCUGCACCAACACAGCCGUCCUUUCCACAAGUAGACAGAAGCACCAAGCCUAAGAUAUCUCUCAACAGAACAUCCGAGUUGGAUAAACCAUCGGGACCUUCGGAAGCUGAGCUCAGGAUUUCUGAGUUAGCCAAGAUUGGUUUGGAGAAGCUGGAAGCUGAGAGGAGGAAGAUAGAAGAGGAGAGGCAAAGAAUAGAGGAGGAGAAGAAGAAACUGGAAGUAGAGAGACUCAACCACAUGAGAAAUAUGCAGGAAAAAGAAGAUGAGAAGAAGCAGGAGUUAGAGAGAAUAGAGGAAGAGAAGAGAGCGAGGGACAGACAGCUGGAGAAGCUGAGAAAACAGAAACAGGAGAAGCUGAAACAACAGCAGGAGGCUGAGGAGAAGAGGGAGGAAGAACUGGAGAAGGAACGGCAAAAACAGGAGAGGGAGAGACAGCUGAAAGAAGAAGAAGAAAAGAAACUACAGGAGCUUGAAGACACGAAGAAGAGAGAGGCAGAGAAGAAGGCACAGCAGGAAAGAGAAGAAGCAGAACGAGCCCAGAAGCUAAAGGAAGAGCAGGAAAAACUGAGUAGAGAAAAAGCUGAGACGGCAAGACAAGAAGAAAUUGCAAGGGCUGAGAAGGAGCGAGAAGAGCGGUUGAGACAGGAGACAGCGAAGAGAGAACGGGAGGAACAAGAGAGACAGGAGAGGAUAAAGAAACAGCAGGAGAGGGACAAGGAGUUCGCCAGACUGGAGGCAGACAAAUCCUCAGCUGGGUCCAAAAACCCUGUGACGAGCCCCGGGCUGCCGGUUGGAUGGGAGAAGGUGUUAGACCAACAGACCGGCAGAUAUUACUACAAGGACCACAACACAGCCACUACGCACUGGAACUUACCUCAGUCGAUUCUGAACCGGAGUCCGGGAUCUGGAAGUGGCACCUACAAAGUCUCUCUUCAGGACGAACCACAAGGAAAAGGAAAGCUGCGCAGGUCCCACUCUUCACCAAACAUUGCCCAGAUGGUGGCAGACGAGCUAGCCGAGACGAAGAAGGUUCCCAAGGUGGACAGGAAGGGGAAACCAGAGAUUGUCCGCGCCCCCAAGGUCAGACCAGAGUCUGCAGAGGUGCAGGCAGCACGACUGAGAAACAUGCAGCCAGUCUUUGGAGGGCAGGGUCGAGGGCUGACUGGUUUGAGGAACCUAGGAAACACCUGUUACAUGAACUCCAUCAUACAGAGUCUGUGUUCUGCCACCUUACUGUCCGAGUACUUCCUGAAGGAGACCUACAAGUUUGACAUCAACAGGGAGAACAAACUGGGCUGUAAUGGUGAGAUAGCUGAGGAAUUUGCUGCUAUAAUCAAAGCACUGUGGUCAGGACAGUACAGGUCUGUCGCACCCAGGGACUUCAAGUGCUCUGUAGGCAAGUACAACUCCCAGUUUGCCAACUUUAACCAGCAGGACUCACAAGAGUUCUUGUUGUUCCUGAUGGACGGACUGCAUGAAGACAUGAACAGGGUGAAGAAUCGUGAGUACAUACAGGAUGAGGACAUGAGCCACCUCCCUGAUGUCACCCUCGCUGAGCGGGCCUGGCAGAACCACAAGAGACUCAACCAGUCUAUCAUUGUAGAGCUUUUCCAGGGUCAGUUCAAGUCCACCCUAGAGUGUCUGCGGUGCAAGAAGACGUCCACCACGUUUGAGGCCUUCAUGUACCUGUCCCUGCCCAUCCCAUCUUCAGGGAGAUGUAAACUGCAGGACUGUGUCCAAACCUUCACCAAGCCAGAGAAGGUAUCGGGGAGUGACAAGUGGUACUGCUCACGCUGUAAGACUCACAGGGAGGCUGUGAAGAAGAUUGAGAUCUGGAAACUGCCACCUUUCCUGCUCAUACACCUGAAGAGGUUCAAGUACGAGGGUGUGUGGAGACAGAAGUUGAACACCAAUGUGGACUUCCCUCUCAGCAGCUUUGACAUGAGGCCCUUUAUUGUAGGCCCUAAACCACAGCCCCACUACAAACUGUUUGCUGUGUCGAACCACUAUGGCACCAUGGAGGGAGGACACUACACUGCCUUCUGCAAGAACACCGGUAACAGGAAGUGGUACAAGUUUGAUGACCAUGAAGUCAACGAGUUGUCCACCUCAAGUGUGCAGUCGUCUGCUGCCUACAUCCUGUUCUACAGUGCGAUGGAGCUACAACCACCCAACCAGACGUCCUUUUGAAGAUGUGAUGCUAGUCUAUAAUAUUGUUGUACAGUAUACAACAAUGUAUGUACAUGGAAUAUGAUUGUUGCAUGUGGAGAUAAGCUGACUAAUUACAACCAAGGGUGUCACUGUAACACACCAGUUCUACAGACUGGUGUACAUGGGUUCAUUAAUAGGAAAUACAAUCAUUAUGUUAUUAAGACUAAGAUACAAAUGUAUCUAACUU